GUUGUCUCCAUCGCCACACUCUGCCAUGUGCCACUUUCAGGUCUCCUCACACACUGCUGGGUUCCAUUUUGUCAUAGGGUGCUGGCAGAUUACGGGCCUCCCAUUGCUGCUGCCAGGCCCGUAAUCUGCCAUGGGCCCCAGUACCGCCUCCUCAUGCUGCUGUCAGGUCCACAGUCUCUCAUGGGUCCCUGUGUACGGCCUCCCAUUGCUGCUGUCUCCAUCGCCACACUCUGCCAUGUGCCACUUUCAGGUCUCCUCACACUGCUGGUGUGUUCCAUUUUUUGU